CAGGUCCGUUUGGGUCAGAGCUCCAUGUUCCGUCACAGCAGAGGGAGCAGCCAGCAGGGGAAGGCUUGUUGACUGUAAACUUGUUGCUGCUCAGCCUGCCAGUCAGCGCUCAGGGAGAACAGGAGGCAGAGCUUCGACCUUCAGAACCAGAGAGGACUGGCUGCUUGACCCGGUCCGGUCCAUCAGGCAGCGACUCACCUGAACAGGUGAGCUGUGAUUGACAGGUGAUGGACCAGUUCCUGAAAGGCCAGGUGAGCGUGCUCAGCAGUUUCCCGCCUUCUGUGGGCAGAGAUAUUGCUGUUGCCGUGGUGAAGCCCCUAGCAGCAGGCCUGGGAAACCCCAGCACCCGCAGCCUGCUGCGUACUGACCGGCAGGUGAAGUGGACCAUGGAGGUCCUCUGUUACGGUUUGACUCUGCCAUUGGACAGGGACACUGUCAAACUCUGUGUGGACAUCUACACUGAUUGGAUGAUGGCCCUGGUGUCCCAAAAAAGCUCCACCCCUCCACCAAUCAGCAGAGACCCUAAUCUGUAUGUCCAGAGGAUCCUUCGGCAUCUCUACAUCCUCUUCCUACCCAGGUCAGGCCAGGUGAGUCCGGUCUACCUGUCUCUCUGCCAGCAGGUCUUGAGUUCUGCUCAGUCUCUUGCCAGAGAGAGUUCAGUGAUGAGCAACGAAACCUGGCAGGCUCUCCUGCAUUUCCUGCUGCGCAUCAACCACACCCUGUUGGCUCCACCCACUCCUGCAGGUGGCUUGUCGGACCUUUCCGUAGCAGUCCUCCUGGAGGUGUGGCUGCUGGCAUGUUCUCGAUGUUUUCCGUGCCGCUCCUUGUGGCAGACGUUCAGGCAGAUGUUCAGCAGCUGGAGGCAUCAGCCUGCGGUGGUGGAGCAGUGGAGCCGGGUCGCUGCAGGACUAACCUCCAGACUCAUUCCUCAGAUGUUUGGACCUUCCUUCCCUCCCUUCCAGGUUCCAGAUGAAGAUGCUUCUCUGGUUCCUCCAGACAUGGAAGGUGAACGUCUUUCUCACACCUGGUUCAAGUUCCUGCACCUGUUCAGUAAUCCAGUGGAUCUGAUUGGCCCAGCAGCCGGUUCCUCCCUGGACGAAGACGUUCAGCUGCCAGGAAUCUUCUUCAGGGCCAUGAGAUCAGUCAGUGUACUGGUUGACGCCUUCCUCGGUGUGAUUGAAAGAACCUCAGAACAAACAGAGCAUUUGCUACCAAACACAGAGCUUGGUGCCAGAAGUCAAUCCAGAGACAGACUGCCUUCUCUGGGUAAACAACCUCAGUCCACCGACCCUGUCCAUCAGAACUCCUCUGUGGUUCUGGUUCAUCUCCCUAUGAUCUUUCCUCCAGGUUUCUCUGUGAUCAGAAGUCCGUUUAGAGACCGCCUCCCAUCGUAUGGGUUCUCACGGCCUCGUUCUGGAAGUGCCCCGCCCACACCUGUUAACUUCCCCACGACACCUGAAGCCCCGCCUAUUAAAAGCUCCUCAUCUUCAUGUAAACAACAGACACCUUCAUCCCCCCAUCACUGGAAGUCUUCCUUCUGUCCGCCCUCUUCCUGUCCUCCUCUGAGCUCCACCCCGCGAUGCCCCGCCCACCCUCUCAGGUGUAACGUGGAUUCCCUCCUGCACCUGUUUGGCUCCUGGCUGUUUGAAGCUGCUCUAAUAACUUCAGGUAAACAAGCUGAUGUCACUGUGAUGUCAGACCGAUGGGCAGCAGGGAGAGCAGAGGCCUGCGGGACGCUCUGCAGGAUUUUCACCUGCAAGAAGACAGCAGAAAACAUUCAGUCCAUCUACCUGUCUAGGUUCUACCUGGUUCUCCUGCGGAGCCUCCAGGACGCCUGUCCGCCUGUCCUGGUCUCUGUCCUGCUGAACUCCACCCGUCUGUUCUGCUGCGACCUGAGAGGGGUCAACCUACUGCUGCCGUCCUUUGUCUCUGUCCUGGAGACGGUACUGCUGGACAGGGAUCUGAUCCGGUUUAAGGGCCUCGUCAGUCCGGUGGAUUUAAGGCGCUCCUCCAUCUUCAUCCUGCUGUCUCUGAUGCCCCUCCCCGUGCAGCUUGGACCAGCCCAAAUACAGAACUCUGUGGAUUUGAUGAUGGGCUGUGAGGAUGCCACAGCAGGUGACUUCCUGUCUUAUAAGCCCCGCCUCUGCAGCCUUCUGAUUGGAGCUUUGCAGACAGAAACAGACUCAAGCAACAUCCAGCUGCUCCUGGCCACCAUAUUGAAUGUAGUCCAUGACAUGGCUGCAGCAGAGGCUCCUCCUCCCUCACCUGAUCCUGGUCAGUCCAGAAGGUCUGACCAUCGGAACCAGGAGGUCCAAUUCAGGGCAACCAGUGGAACCAGCAGGACCAGGACACCAACCACCCAAUCAGAAGCAGCAGUCCUUUGGGUUCAUGUUGUCCGUCUGCUGACUCAGCGUUUGACGUCUCAGUGGAGAAAUGACCCUGCAGUUUGUCUGUCUGCACUGGAAGUACUGGGAGGACUGGCCAAGGUGGAGGUCCAGGUGGAGGUCUCGGAGCGGCGCCGGGCCGUCGGUUCUGUCUGCACCUACAUCGUGUUCCAGUGCGGCCGUCCUCCUCCGCUCCACUCUAGAGACCUACAUUCUAUCAUCGUCGCUGCUUUCUGCUGCCUGAACACCUGGCUGACCCAGAACCCGGUUCUGCUGCACCAGCAGGAGUGUCUGCUGGAGGUUUUGGAGAUUGUGGAGUUGGGGAUCUCAGGCAGCAGGUCCAGACAAGACCAGAAAGUUGUGUGGAAGGACGACAAAGAUCUGAACCCGGCCUCUCUGAGGGUGAAGGAGGCGGCGGAGGCAACACUGAGCUGUAUCAUGCAGGCUUCCGGAGCGGGUCCAGAUGCGUCGUUCAGAGACAACGCCCUGGUGUUGGAUGACAGCAGCCUGAAGAGGUCCCGAUAUUUUGUUCUGGAAGGUUCUGUGAUUCUGGCUACAAUGGAGCCAACACCAGAUCGACCUGAUCAAGAGCCCAGUCCGUCUCUGCUGGUGAUCUUGAGGGGACCGUCGGGACAUCACAGCUGGACUCUACAGCUACACCUGCUGCCCAAAGACGGCCGAGACGUUCAGACGCAGGCGGCGGUUGUCCCAAGACAGCCGCGUCUCUCCGAUGAAGACGCUGGACAGAGACGGUCCAUCAACCACCAGCUGGUUCUGGAGCACAUGGAGAGAGUUCCUUCAGUCGGAGCAGAUCAGAGCAUCCCUCCUCUGAUCAGAACUGAGGACCAGCAACAGUUGGACCAUCUGCGAGUUACCUUGAAGACCCAACAAGAAAUUGAAGCUCAGCCUCGGCUGAGCAGCCAUUCAGUUGCUAUGGCAACCUGUAGACCACCUUCUCCUGUCAGCUGCUUCCAGGUGACCAGACUCUUCCUGUCCCACCUGGGUUUGCUGACUCCAGAGAGUGUGAAGGAUCCAGGUGUCAGCAGCAUGCAGCCCGCGCUCUUGUCUUUGGACUCGUCUCUUCCAGGUUUCUCAGAUAGCCUGAGACGUUUGGAUCAGCUUCCAUCCAGAAACAGUGACUGUGCGUUUGUGUUCUACAUGAGAGCAGGGCAGAAGACACCUAGAGAGAUCUUGGGGAAUGUGGACAAGAAGACGAGCAUCAGCGGUCCUUUCUUGGAUUUCCUGUCAUCUCUUGGUUGUCCUGAAGAGGUGGGCGGAGCCAGUCGUUCAGAACUCGGGGCUGUUCUGGGGGACAGCGGAGGCGGCGUGUUCGAUGGACGGAGGUUCGUCCUGAAGUUUGCCGAUGCUUUGACGGAAAUCACCUUCAUUGUUCCUUCAUCACACACCUACACUGAUUGGCUGAAGUGCUAUGAUGAGGCAGAGCACACCGCUGCUUCAUCAUCUAACCAGAAAAGAGCUGAGAUCCGUCCAUCAGAAGACAUCCGGUCCUGUCAGAGUGUCUCAUCAUUUUUCCGAUCAGACUCAAAGCUGCUGAUUGUUUGGGUUGAACGCUUUGAGGACAUUGAGAAGUUUCCUCUGACCGAUCUGCUGCUGGAGACGAGAGCGCAGACAGAGACUGGUUCCUCCAACAUCCAAUUGAUCUUCAUCCAUCCUCUGAAGACGGGACUCUUCAGGAUCUGUUUCCAUGGAAACGCCUCCACCAAGCUAGGACUGGUCGUCCCAUUGGUGAAUGGGAUGGUGACCAGCAGGAGGUCUCUGGGGUUCCUGCUCACAGAGAUGGUGUCUAACUGCUCUCGCCGCUGUCGCUUGGACAGUGACUCCGCCCCUCCGCCUCACGUCAGAAGGAAACACCUGAUCAAUGACAUCGUCCUCUGCUAUAAGAGCCGCUGCUCUGAACCCGCCUUCUACACCGCCCUAUUCCAGCUUUGAUCUGUUACUAUGGUAACCAGGUGUAGCGGACAGGAAACAGAAAAUCUCCCUGGAGGAGUCGGAUGAGCAAAUCCAAUAUGGAAGCUUAGAGUUCAGUUUUGACCUGAUUAAAGCUUUUAAUUAUUUAAUAAUUUCCAGCAAUAAAAAUGAAAGAAUAUUUAAGUCAAAUGGGAUUUUUUUUCAAUUUAAUUUGAAUGUUUUCUUUGGCUCUUGUGUAUGAUGUAACCUUUAUAUUUAUGUGAAGUUCGUUCGCCUAGUCUUCUUGUUCUUCUUGUUCUUCUUUGUCUCUCACGCUGUUAUAAAAUACCUGCUUAUGUCUCUCAAAGAAAGUCUGGUAGCCAGAGCAGAGAGCCAGUUGCUCUUUGUGCCUGUGGGGCUCAGCAACGCCCCCUACCAGUGAGGCCCGGUAUCUUCUUUUAUUGUUUUAUCCCACACAUUUUCACUGCACGUCCGAUCAGAAAGACUGAGUGUGUCAGUAGCAUUCAUUGCAUGUUAGACAGACUGUGGAACUCCAGUAUAUGAGGAACGUGUAUCAACAAGUACUGGCGAUAAAAAAGAGACGGUAAUGAAUGAGCAUGGGCCAAUGACACAGCGCCCCCUGAGGAGAGGCGCAGCACUGCACUGUCUCAUCUUGCAUGUAUUUCAGCAACAGAUUAGUCAAUUUUGCGAAUUUGAUUAUAACAAUGUUAUUGCCAAUAUUAAAAAAAGCCUUAUUCAUAGAAAA